AGGAGGACGUGUGCGCAUGCGCCCUGCGUCCUCCUUCCCCCUCUCAUCUCGAAAGCGUUUGUGUGUGAGUGUGUUUGUGAGGGAGGGAGGGAAGGAAGGAAGGAGGCGCCUCCUCGUUCCCCUCCUCUGCCCCUCCCGACGGAGGGAAAGCGGCACGAAAGCGGCGGAGGCGGGAGUUCGUUUCUUGGCAGCGCUUGGCGUCCCUCAGGCAUUAUGAAUCUUUUAAGAUGAAUGAAUAAAGACAGCUGCUACAAAUGUAGGGCAGAAGACUAAUGGUGUGGGCAGUAUGGACCUAAUGAACGGACAUCCCAGCAGUGUUAAUAUUGCAGCUACUGCUUCAGAGAAGAGUAGCAGCUCAGAGUCAUUAAGUGAUAAGGGUUCUGCUGAACUGAAGAAAAGCUUUGAUGCAGUAGUAUUUGAUAUUCUGAAAGUUACACCUGAGGAAUAUGCAGGCCAGAUAACACUAAUGGAUAUACCCGUAUUUAAAGCUAUUCAACCAGAGGAACUCUCAAGCUGUGGUUGGAAUAAAAAGGAGAAAUACAGUUCUGCACCAAACGCUGUUGCCUUUACAAGAAGAUUCAACCAUGUAAGUUUUUGGGUUGUUAGAGAGAUCCUUCAUGCACAGACAUUAAAAAUAAGAGCUGAAGUUCUGAGCCACUAUAUCAAAACUGCGAAGAAACUCUAUGAGUUAAAUAAUCUACAUGCUCUUAUGGCUGUGGUAUCUGGGUUACAAAGUGCUCCCAUCUUCAGGUUGACGAAAACGUGGGCGUUACUGAGCCGAAAGGACAAAACUACCUUUGAAAAGUUGGAAUAUGUGAUGAGCAAAGAAGAUAAUUAUAAAAGGCUUAGAGAUUAUAUUAGCAGCUUGAAGAUGACUCCUUGUAUUCCUUAUUUAGGUAUUUACCUCUCAGACUUAACAUACAUUGACUCAGCAUACCCAUCAACAGGAAGUAUUCUGGAAAAUGAGCAGAGAUCAAACCUAAUGAAUAACAUACUUAGAAUAAUAUCAGAUUUACAACAGUCUUGUGAAUAUGACAUUCCUGUGUUGCCUCAUGUUCAAAAGUACCUGAAUUCUGUUCAAUAUAUAGAAGAGCUUCAAAAGUUUGUAGAAGAUGACAAUUAUAAGCUUUCACUAAAGAUAGAACCUGGGACCACUACACCCCGUUCUGCUGUAUCUCGUGAGGACUUAGUAGGACCAGAAGUUGGAGUUUCUCCUCAAAGUAUACGAAAAAAUGCUGCAGCUGAAGGAGCCUUAUUACCACCUACUCCUCCAUCACCUCGGAACCUCAUGCCACAUGGGCAUAGAAAAUGUCACAGUUUAGGAUACGACUUUAUUCAUAAAAUGAACACAGUGGAAUUUAAAAGUGCAACAUUCCCAAAUGCAGGACCAAGACACUUACUGGAUGACAGUGUCAUGGAACCACACGCCCCAUCACGGGGGCAGGCUGAAAGCUCUACUCUUUCUAGUGGGAUUUCAAUAGGAAGCAGUGAUGGCUCUGAGCUUAGUGAAGAGACUUCGUGGCCAGCAUUUGAAAGGACCAGAUUAUACCAUUCUCUUGGUCCGGUGACAAGAAUGGCACGAAAUGGCUAUCGAGGCCACAUGAAGGGCAGCAGUUCUGCAGAGUCUGAAGAUCUAGCUGUUCAUUUAUAUCCAGGAGCUGUUACUAUUCAAGGUGUUCUCAGACGGAAGACUUUACUGAAAGAAGGGAAAAAACCUACUGUAGCAUCAUGGACAAAAUACUGGGCAGCUCUAUGUGGAACCCAGCUUUUCUACUAUGCUGCAAAGUCUUUGAAGGCAACAGAGAGAAAGCAUUUCAAAUCUACACCCAGUAAGAAUGUGUCAGUGGUGGGAUGGAUGGUCAUGAUGGCUGAUGAUCCAGACCAUCCAGAUCUCUUCCUGCUUACAGAUUCUGAGAAAGGAAACUCAUACAAAUUUCAAGCUGGUAAUAGAAUGAAUGCAAUGCUGUGGUUCAAGCAUCUGAGCGCUGCCUGCCAAAGCAACAGACAACAGGUCCCUGCCAACUUGAUGACCUUUGAGUGACAAGCCUCUUCAGAGCCUGAAUCAAGAUGAAUUUGAUGAGGAAAAUCCUGGUGAACGCAUACCAGCUAUACUUCUGGGCCAGAAUGAAGAUUGCAAUCAGAGUUUCAUGUCUCUAGAGUACUGAUCAACAACAACAGCAACAAAAGCACUGAGAAUUCAGGGGAUGAAAGUGUAAAAUGUAACAUGAACUGCCAUGAACUGCUACUUAAAAUUCUCUUAACUGACCUGUGGAAACCACUGCCUUAAAGAAUGAAAGGAAAACCAACAUGAAACACCAAAUAGUAUGUGUGUGUGAAUCCUCUGGCGGUGCUGUGCUUAGGUUAAAUAGUUUAUAACUAGUUUGCAUUUGUGUUAACUUUUAAUUUAAAGCCCAUAUUUCUUUGCAGUUUUUCUUGUUGUAGAAAAGGGAUUGUGUCGAGGGCAAGUUUGCGAGGAUGUAGCAUGUGUGUUCUUAAGAGAAUGUGCAAAUGGUACCUGCAUCCUUCCAGUCUGCAUCAACUUUCGUUAAGUUCAGAUAAUUGGGGAUGCAGUUCAGUUUGUUUAAGCUUAGGAUGUAAGAACUGUAUUAUAUGCAAGUUACUUUUUUCUUUUCACAAAGCACUACAUUGCUUUUGUUUCCUGCAAGUGGCACAACAGCUUGAUAUUUAAGUAUCACACUCUCCGUUUUGUUGUCUGAUGAAAACGAUUUUCAUGAUUUUGUAAAGCCAGCUUUGGGAAAUGUCUGCGGAUCAAAACUGAGCCUUUCUUCCUCCAUAUAUUUAAACCGACGCACACUCUUCAAUCAGCAUGAUGUGUAUUUCUCUUCCCAAGCUCUUCCGUGAGUUACUUCCUUUUGAAAACUUUGUUGUGCUUUAAGCAGCAUAAAAAUUGCCCUCAAAGAAGUUUAAAUUGGAUCCUUUUCCCCUGUGAAAAAGAUAUUAAACAGCUGUAAUUUGUUCGAUUCUUUAUUAUUGGGAAAUGAAUGCUCAAUUCUGAUCUUGCAGAAGCUUGCUUCAAAAAGGGAAACUUGCUUGUUCUGAGUCACUUCUAGUAUGCUUCUUCCACAGUAACCCAUCGGGUGUUUCAUGGAAACCUCUUUAUAGCCAUCAGUAUUACUGUACAGAGUUUGCACAACUUUUUUCCAAUUUUUAAAAUUACUGUGUGUUUCUUUUCAAAGUACGUUUUUUAAAAGAAAAAAAACACUAUACGUGUGUGUGCUCCUUCCUUCUCCUUCCUUUUUUUAGUUUUGUGGUUAGUAACCCUGUGGAAUUUUGAUUUUUUAAAAUAUAUAUAUAUUAUAAAAAGAGAGAAAAACACUAGUAUUAGAUACAGGCUUGUUGAAUUUAUUUGUUAUUUUUUUUUAUUUCAAGAAAGAUGCAACUGGGAGGCAUAUGAUGCUGGUUUUGCUAAUGAUAAUUUACACAAGAUUUUUUCAUGUGGAAAUUGCAUUAGGUUUUGACAAGUUCUGUGGGACGUGGUGAAUUUUUGAAUACUCUAUCCACAUCCUCCUCCAUCCAGUUUAACUGUAUUCUAUUAUUUGCUUCAGUCUACACAAUCUUUCAUAGCAUAGAUUUGUUCACUACAUCUCACUUUAGAGAAGAAUAUCACUGUUUCAGUGAAGACCACACAGAGUAUUCCAAUGGAUUAACUCAAUACCUAAGUGGAUGGCUAGCUUAUUUUUUUCCCUGUACUUUCCGUAUGUCAUUUGGGUAAAUUUCAAAAGCAGAUUGAGUGAGCUAUCAUGUUCAUUUUAUAGUUUAUUCCACAUUAAUUUAGGCUAACUGAGGCAAUCACUCCAAUAUUAAAUCAUUCUAUUUUUUGAUGGUGGUUCAUCUUUCAAGGUUAAAACUCUUAAAUCUUACACCAAAUUUCACUUCCCCAUCCAAGAUUAAGGCAUAGUUUAUAACAUGCAUGGGCAAACCCAGGCCCACGGGUUAGAUGCAGACUUUUGAGCUCUUUCUUGUGUCCCCAUUUGCCUCUGCCCUCUUCUCAGUAUGCAGAUGUGGUGGUCUGCCACGUCACCAGGCUGAGAGGAGGGCUGAGGCAGACAUAUAGCUGCCAAGAGCUCUCGGGAAGCUCUCACCAGCCACGUGUUUCCUUCUUCUCUCAGUCCUUCUUCUCUCAAGCUGCAUCCCCAAGCUGAGAGGAGAGCCGGGGAAGAGACAUGCUGCUGGCAAGUGCCCUCUGAAAGUCUCGCCAGCCACAUGUCUCCUCUGAGCCUAGGGAUGCAUCGGGCCACUACAUCCACAGACUUCCCACCCCCCGCACCAACCACACCCCGGCCUCCCCCCAUGCCAACCGCCCUUGCACCAACCAUCAAUCACCCCCCCCCCCCCCCCCCCCCCGCAGCAACUGUCCUCAGCCUCCUUCCUGCUCCCCUCCAUCCCGACCCGUCUGUUCUGCCCUGGCUCCCAAUGUGACCCCCACAAAUAAGGUUAUCUCAUGCCUGCUUAUAAGAUCUUUUUUAUACAUCUUGUGAAAACACAUUCUUUAUUUUGAAAGGAUGACUUCAGAACCAGAUCCACAUAUUAAAAUUAGUAGACCAGUCUAAGUCUAAAUGAGCUUCUGAGAUUACUGGCACUAAUAUUUUUUUAGAAUUACUGAGAUAGCUGGGUGAGUCUUCAUUCCUACAGGAAUUGUAAUUUAAAUUCAUUGGAUUCUGAUGAACUGAGAAUAUGAGUUCCAAUGUUUAUUGUAUCCGAAAACUAUUUAUUGAGUACAUAGAUAUAUUUGUCUAAUGAUCUGUUAUCCGAUUCCACCUAAACCCAGUAAAACAGCAUCUUUAAUACCAAUGACCUGUUUUAAUCCAGUGAUCCACACAGUUGGAGUUCACAAACCGCGUUGCAUGUCUGAAUUCUCUGAUUACAAAACAAAGCAGAAUAUGGAAAUUCUGCUUGUGUGUUGUGAUUCAGUAUGAAUUUUGAGCCAUAGUACAUUUUCAGUCAGCACAUGAAGAAUAUUAUUUGAAAUAGUCUGUGAUUAUCAUAAUGCUUAAUCCAGUAGCAAACUCUGUUCACACAAAAAAUUACACUCAAGUAGAAAGAAAUGAAGAAUGCCUUCCUCUUGCACCAAUUUCCUCCUUACAUAUUCAUGUCCUGCCUUUUCACCAUACAUAUUUGGAUUGGUGAACUUUUGUUACAUGCUUCAUUUUUGGGCUGUUUUCACAAAACUCACGUAUCAGUUUUCUUCAUUUUCCAUAUUAUAUAUUCCAGAGUAUUUUGCUCAGUAUAUAUAACUUUUCCCCUCUAUCCUUUGUUCUUAUCCUGUUGAUUUUUAACUAGCCAAUGGGAUGUAGGGUUCAUUAAUACCAUCAGACAGUUUUUAUAUCAUCACCCAGCCAAGUAGUAGACAAGAAGAGAUGAAGCUGCAACUAACAAACACAUUUUUUUUUCUUAUACGAGGUAUACUUCAGGCAUAGAGGGGAAAAUCUACACUGCAGAAAAUGUGUUUUGAUUUGUACAUAUUUUACUAGGUGGAAAUUAUCAGGAACCACAUCCCUGAGAAAAUUUGGUGUGGAUUUCACUCAAAACAUACAUUCCUGUUGCGUUCCUACAGACACGUCACUUCUGGAUAGAAAGAGCAAUAUGAAAGAAUGCUGUCUAAUUUAGUGUAACUUGUAGUUUACUUCCUAAUUUCAAAGCACAUUCCUGUAUGUGUGUGUAAAUUACUCAUACAACACAUCUUUUUUCCAAAUAAGUUUUCUUCCUAUGACUCUUCCAAUUGCAUCUUUUUUUCUCAUUUUGGGGGGAGUAUGUUGCCUUUUUAUUCCUAAACGUCAUGAAUCUUGAUCUCCUUAGUGUGCUAUGAAAGCUUGAAAAUACCAUAACUGACACUAAAUUACCAGUUUUCUUUUCCCUGAAAAGUCAGACAUUCUAGAGAUUGUGUAUUUCAAGUUCCUUCUUUGCCCCAUUAAAAAUGGUUUGUGUCUAAGUUUAAAACACUGCUAUUAAAAUAUAAACAAGCAUGAUAAGAUCCUCCAAAGGUGAAUAUCCUUGCCUGUCUUUAAAAGGGUUAUGGACGUUAUAUCUGUAUAAGAUUUUGUCAGUGCCUUAAUUGCCUGUCUGAAGACCAAAGGGGCAAUCCACUAAGUACUGUUUCUAUGCAUUUCCCCACUCAUGCAAAUCCUCAGUUAUAUGUAUGGAUUUUUUAUAACCAGCAGAGCAGCUCAGUCUUCUCCUCCCUUUUGGUUUGAAAGUCACAAUUGCUUUUAAAAAGUGGUUCUAGAGAUUUUCUGGUUUACCUGGAAGUUCCAAUUCAUUCCACUCUUUAUUUUUUAAAGCAAUGAUUUACAGUUGAUAUGAAGUCUAGUUCAGAAUUUUACUCUUAACAGUUAAGUCAGUGUAUAUGCUGUGCCUCAAGGUUGUGCUCAUAUUUCACUACAUAGAAAAUGUCACAUGGGACCUGCAUGAAUGUCUACAGUAAAUGUCUGAGGAAGCCACCGAGUUCAUUAAAAAUACCUACAAAAAUAAUUUGUAAGUAUACUUUUUCUUGCCAAUCUGGAUUUUCAGACUAGAAAAAAUACAGUUUAUGUAGAAUUAAUUGGUUCAUAGAAGUCGAUACUAUGAACAACUUCUAAUAAAACUCAAAGUUUAAAAUGCCACUUGUCAUUUUAGUGACCUAACACUUUAAAAAAGGAUCAAGUCAUGUCUGAAAUCUGAAGUGUAAUACCUACAGAGUAAAAAAAAUCCAUAUUACCACAUUUGCAUUCUUUAGCUUUCUGUGAAGGGCAAUUGCUAAGUAACAUUCAUGAGAAAAUCAGAAUCAAUUUUUUUUGUAGUAUUUCAUCAAAGAGUUUAUUUAGGCAUUAUUGAAAAACUUAGAAGCAAAAUAUUUAUCUUGUUUUGACUCUGAAAUUAAAAGUUGGUCGCUUUUGCUUACUCAAAGCUACUCAUAAGCCUACUACAGCUUGUUCAGUGGAAGGUGUAAAGAGGAUUUCGCGUACUGUCUUUUUUACCGUUUAAUAGUUUAAAAAAACGUCCAUACAACCAUUCAAAUAUUUCAGUUUCCAUGCAUACAAAGUCUACAUUAUGUUGAACACAGGCCAUUUUUAAUGUAUUUCUUCUCUGUUGACCUGAUGCACCAUUUUGAUAAGAGAUGAAUGCACUAUGACCUCUAUGAGUGAUGUGCAGUUUGCUGUUUUUUGUCAUUCUUUUCACCUUCUAAUUUUUAAUACUUUACCAUGUGUGCGUGUUUGAAUUGUGUGUUUGCAUAAGCUAUUUCAACAUGGCUUAAACUACAGACUUAAAAAUAGAAUUUUCCUACUGAAAUAAAUUGCUUAAAAUUUGAA